AUGACCUGGCCCGGGCCGGCUUCUUCUACCUGGGCACCGGGGACCGGGUGGGUGCAGUGCUUCUCUUGCGGGGGAAUCCUCCGGAGCUGGGAGCCCGGGGACCGAGCCGACACCGAACACCGCAAGUACUUCCCGACCUGCCCCUUCCUCCGCGGGCGCCGAGCCCAGCAACGUCCCCCUCCGCGGGGAACCCGACACCGUGGACGGACAUAUCCUCAGCCAGAUCCACCGACUGCCCGGAGAGCAGCAGGACGAGCACGCCGUCUACCCGAACUAUUGGACUUGACCAGCCGCAUGGGCACCUUCCGCAACUGGCCGCUACAUACCGGCCUCAGCCCCGAGCAACUGGCCACUGCUGGAUUCUUCUAUACUGGGCAGCGGGAUAAUGUUCGGUGCUUCCACUGUGAUGGGGAACUGAGGAACUGGGAAAGGGGAGAUGACCCCUGGAGGGAACAUGCAAAAUGGUUUCCAAGGUGUGAAUUUCUUAUGCAGUCCAUGGGACAUGCAUAUGUUCGUAGCGUGCAAGACACUAUAGGCAGCAGUCCGGAGAGUUCAGUGAGUAACAUGUGCAUUAAUACCAUGAAACCUGGUUUACGAAUGUCCUGA